AUGGCAAAAAAUAUAAUUCCAAUCGAUAAAAACCUUAUUCCCAUUGAACCGAAACUCGGUUGGAUAUUUCAAAGUCUAGUGAAAAAUCAAGCUACCUUGCUCGGUACCAUAGAACUUAGCAAUUUGGAUCUUACAGAACUCUGGAAUUUAGAGACAAUUGGCAUAAAAGAUCCGGCAGAAAUGAAGACAAAGGAGGUUUUAGGUGCUGAAACUAUCAAAUUCUUUCAAGAAAACAUCGAAGGCAAUAGAAAUGAAGUAAAUUUGCCUUGGAGGGAUGGUCAUCGGAAUCUUGGUGAUAUUAUCGCUAAAGCGGAGAAGAGGCUUGUUUCUAAUACCCGAAGACUUAAGAAAAUAGGAUAUUAUGAUGAAUACGAUGAUACAAUUAAAAUCUGGCACGAUGAGGGCGUAAUAGAAAUAGCUCCAAAUAAUGGUGCUACUGAUCACUAUCUAGCUCAUCAAGCAGUGAUCAAGAAUUCCAGCCUGACUACAAAGGUUCAACCUGUUUUCGAUACAUCGUUGAAGGAUGAAAAAGGGAAUUCUUUGAAUGCUUGCCUUGAAAAAGGACCGGACUUGAUAGAAAUGAUUCCAAAUCUUUUGAUGCAAUUCCGACAACAUGCUUUUGGUGUUACUGCUGACAUAAGGAAAGCAUUCCUACAAAUCAGUUUGUAUGCUGAGGAGAGAGACUAUUUGCAAUUCCUAUGGUAG